ACCUUUACUGUGUACCAAAGUGUGUACUAUUCCUAAAUCUAUGAUAUACUGUUUUUGUUAUUUUACAUUUUCAUAACCAUAUUUUUGGAUCCUGCCGAAUGAUUGUGAGGUGUUGUGAUUGAUCUUCUAAUGCGUUUUACUUUAAAAACUUUGCGUGUUUUUCUGAGACGUAAUAUAAGUGAGGCUGCUGUUUCCAACACGAUGGCGGAAGAAGAUCCUACUAAGAAGAGGCCGCUCAUCGAAGACACCCAGAUCAUCGACGCUAAGAAACAGAAAGUUGAAGUCGAUAGAAUUAAGAGGAAGAAAGUUGCAUUGCUGAUGUGUUACUCUGGAUUGGGGUAUUUGGGCAUGCAAAGGAAUCCUGGCACAAAGACGAUCGAAGAAGACCUGAUGAAGGCGCUGUUGAAGAGCAGCCUGAUAACAGAGGAGGCGUACAUCACGCCCCAGCAAGUGAUGUUCCAGCGAGCGGCACGCACGGACAAGGGCGUGUCUGCGGCCAGGCAGGUGGUCUCCCUCAAACUGCCUGAGAAAUCAAAGGUGGAAGAGAUAAAUGAACACUUGCCAGAACAAAUCAGAGUGCUUGGCCUGAAACGUGUGACAAAAAAUUUCAACAGCAAAUCAUCUUGUGAUGCCAGGACAUAUUCUUACAUGUUGCCAACGUUUGCUUUCACGCCAUCAGGUCAGGCUGUCGAUGAAACUUUUCGCAUCUCUCCGGAGAUCAUGGAGAAAGUUAGGGAAACAAUGAAGUUAUUUGAAGGCACACACAAUUUCCACAAUUUCACUUCUAGAAGGAAGCCGCUGGACCCGAGCAACAACAGGUACAUCAUGAGCUUCGAGGCGGAGGAGCCGUUCGUGAGCGGGGAGCUGGAGAUGGUGGUGCUGAAGGUGAAGGGGCAGAGCUUCAUGCUACACCAGAUCAGGAAGAUGGUGGGGCUGGCCGUGGCCGUCGUGAGCGGCCUGGCGCCGGCGGAGACCGUGUCGCGGGCGUGGAGGACCGCCGAGCGGCUGGACAUUCCCGUGGCCCCGGGCGCCGGCCUCGUGCUGGAGGAGAUCCACUAUGAUCGCUACAAUCAAAAGUUUGGUAAAGAUGGAAUACACGAGUGCCUAGAUUGGCAUGAAUAUGACGAAGAUGUUGCAAAGUUUAAAAAGAAGUUCAUUCACCCAGCAAUCGUGGAAACAGAAACCAAAGAGAAGUCGAUGCUGAACUGGUUGGUGACGCUGCCUCUUCACAGCUACGACGUGCGAGAGAACCACGUGAACGAUACGGCACCAACGGAACAAGAGGAAGACGGAAUCCAGGCAGGAGACGACUAAGUUGUAUGUACCCUGUUCAUAGCGGUAAUGUGUUCACGAAGGUUUUAUUUUAUAAAUAAAGUUGUUAAGUAAA